AUGAUUGAUUGUAUUUCUAGGAACAAGAGACCAUUGCAUGUUCCCUACUUGCGUUGGUUUGGGUUGAUCUUGUCUCGUGAAGAAGGCUAUGUUGAAAGUCAUGGGAUCAUCAUUCCUAUUCCUGCUCUUUCCUCGAAAAUUGUCAAUGAUGCUCCAUCUAAGGAUGAUUUUCCUAUUACUGCAUGGAUGCAAAAGUGGAUUGAAAAUCCCUAUGCGAUUGAAUCCUCAUACUCUGAAGAGGAUAAUGAAAAUGAUGAUGCUGAUGAUGAAGAGGAUAAUGAUGAUGCUGGUGAUGAAGAAUAUAAUGAUGAUGGGAAUGAUGAUGAUUCAGAAGCUUGUAAUAAAGAAGGGGUAGAUAAAGAAGAAGUCACUGAUAAAGGUGAAGAAGACUCAGCAAAUGACAUGGAUGACCAUUCUCCAACACCAUCUCCUUCUCCUCAAGCUGAUACAGUUCAUCAAGCUGAAAGGAUUCCUCCUACACGAUCACCCAUUAUUACAGAUGUUCUUCAUCAGGAUCAUCAGGAAGAAUCCAGCUCCAACUUUGAAACUGUUAGACUUAUGGCCUUGGAUGAUGAUGAUGAUAUGGUUCUUGAUGACACUCCACCAAAUUCUCCAGGUGAUAUUGCUCUUCCACCUCCACCUCUAUCAACAAAUAUUCCUCCACCACCUCCUCCACCAUUUCAUCCUCCUCCAAGAAUAUUAAAAGGGUCCUCAACUAAUGCAAAUGCAGGUGGUGAUUACAUCUCAGCCUGA